AUGAUGACGAUGGUGGUGCAGAUAUUGGAUCAAUAAUUUCCCAGUUAUUAGGUGGUAUCAAUACAGAUGGCUCUGACGGAAAUAAUGCUGAUCAAGGUGUUACAAAUCCUGAGCGGCAUACUGAUGGCGUGGGUGAUGCUAAUGGUGAUAGUGGAGAAGUGAAAACUACUGGCAACAUUGAGAGGCCUGAUGGUGCAAACCCCCUGCCGUAUACAGGUGGCGGUGGUGGGGAUGGUGAUGGUGACGAAAGUGGAGAAGUACAAGAUACCGGUAACAUUUACAGGCAAGGUGAUGCAAAUCCCGUGCCGUAUACAGGUGGUGGUGGUGGAGAUAGUGAUGACAGCGGAGAAGUACAAGCUACCGGUAACACUUACAGGGCAGGUAGAGCAAACACCCUGCCGUAUACAGGUGGCGGUGGUGGGGAUGGUGAUGGUGACGACAGUGGAGAAGUACAAGAUACCG